AGAUUUCAGACACACAGAUUAUAAACUAAAUAUUAAAUAAUAAAAUUUUCUUUUCGCAGGUAAUAGUUUCUCUGCAAAUCCGGCAAUCUCUCAUUCUUUUUCUUCUCUCUCUAAAACUGAUGUGCCCUUCUGCAAAUCUCCUCCGCCAUUUCUGAACCCGUGUCUUUCUCUUUCUAUACAUACACAGACGUAUACUGGUAGAUAUAUAAAACCAUGGAAAACGAUUUUAACAUUGAUAGCGCACCAGCAAUUUCUUCCAGUUCUUUGCAUUCUGAGCCACGGCAAGAAGAAGGGGAAGAGCCCUUGUCUUCAGAUGAUGACCAGAGUGUCUAUUUAGUUCCUUUCAGAUGGUGGAAGGAAGCACAGGACUCUUCUUCAUCAGAAAUAAAGAGGGGAAUUCCAUAUGCUGCAUCCCCUGCUCCGCCAUAUGGGGGUCCAAUGAAGAUAUUCAACAAUAUAUUCAACUCAGAUAUUGCAUUCAACCUAAGGAAAGAGGAUGAGUUAUUGUCCAAUGGGGUAAAUGGUGAAGUUGGGGUAUCGAGUAGGGACUACGCUCUGGUCCCCGGCGAAAUGUGGCUGCAGACACUCAAAUGGCACAGUGAUUCCAAAAGUUCAUUAAAGGAAAAAAAAGGUUUUCCGGCUGUAGAAGAAGACAUGUCAGAUGUCUAUCCGCUGCAACUUAGGCUUUCUGUCCUCCGGGAAACCAAUGUGCUAGCAGUAAAAAUAAGCAAAAAGGAUAAUUCAGUUGAGUGCUUCAGAAGAGCCUGCAAGAUCUUUAAUAUUGAAGCUGAGCCAUUACGGGUUUGGGAUUUUUCUGGGCAGACAACAUUGCUUUUCUUGAAUGAUAAAAAUAAGAUCUUAAAAGAGUCCCAGAAGCAAACAGAGCAGGAUCCGCUCCUUGAGUUGCAAGUUUAUGGGUUGUCAGAUUCCAUUAGAAAUAGAGGAGCUAGGAAAGAUGAGAUUGGACAAUAUUCUAAUGGCACUUCAUAUUUCAUGAAUGGUAGUGCUAUCAACAAUGGUUCUAAUUCUUUCCGAAGCAGUUCUUCGAAUCUUCUUGGGAAUUCAUCUGAAGCUGGUACCUUGGGCUUAACUGGACUACAGAACCUGGGGAACACUUGCUUCAUGAACAGUGCUCUUCAGUGUCUAGCACACACACCAAAGCUUGUUGACUACUUUCUCGGAGAUUACAAGAAAGAAAUAAACCCAGAGAAUCCGUUGGGCAUGAAUGGUGAGAUUGCUUCAUCUUUUGGAGAGCUGUUGAAGAAAUUAUGGGCUCCUGGAGCAACGCCACUGGCACCAAGAACAUUCAAAAUGAAGCUUGCCCAUUUCGCUCCGCAAUUCAGUGGUUUUAAUCAGCAUGAUUCUCAAGAGCUCCUAGCAUUUCUCUUAGACGGUCUCCAUGAAGAUCUGAAUCGUGUGAAGUGCAAACCGUAUGUUGAAGCUAAGGAUUCUGAUGACCGACCAGAUGAAGAAGUGGCUGAUGAAUAUUGGAGGAAUCAUCUGGCUCGUAAUGAUUCUAUAAUUGUUGAUGUUUGUCAAGGUCAGUACCGAUCCACAUUAGUAUGUCCAGUCUGUAAAAAGGUGUCUGUCACUUUUGACCCAUUCAUGUACCUGUCAUUACCUCUGCCAUCAACAUCCACGCGGACAAUGACAUUGACCGUUGUAAAAUCUGAUGGCAGUACUAAGCCAUCCCCGUUUACUGUUACUGUACCCAAGAAUGGGAAACUUGAAGAUCUGACUCAAGCUUUAAGCACAGCAUGUUCAUUGGCGGUUGAUGAAACACUUUUGCUGGCUGAGAUAUACAACAAUCGCAUUAUACGUUUUCUGGAGGAGCCAACUGACUCAUUGUCUUUAAUUAGAGACAAUGAUCAACUAGUCGCUUAUAGGCUGCCGAAGGAUGUUGAGGAAGCUCCUCUAUUUGUAUUUAUGCAUCAGCAGAUUGAAGAACAAUCCCUUGGUGGGAAAUUGACACCCAGUUGGAGGGCAUUUGGGGUUCCCCUUGUAGUACGUAAAAACAUGGCUAAUGGAUCUGAUAUUCAUGAAGUGUAUGCAAAGUUAGUUGCUCCAUUCUUGGUACCUGGUGAAGAUUCUCUUGACAAUAAUGAUGGCUCAGACAACACUGUAACUGAAGAAAUCAUGGACACCGACGACGCCUGCUUAACUAGAUUAAGUGGGUCACCUGAGACAUCUGAUAAAGAAGAGCCUAAUGCACAGUCUGAUGCCAAAUUUCAGUUUUACUUAACAAAUGAAAAAGGAACAGAAAAAGGCUCAGAGAUUGGAAUGGGAGAGCUGGUGAAGCCCACACCCAAUCCUGAAAGACUGUAUGUGCUUGUGUCUUGGUCAGUGGACAUGGCUAACCGUUACGAUGUAAAGCCUCUUAGCUCGCUUCCAGAAGUAUUCAAAUCUGGAUUCUUCAUGAAAAGGCCACAAGAGUCCGUCUCUCUAUAUAAAUGUCUUGAAGCGUUCCUCAAGGAGGAGCCUCUUGGACCUGACGAUAUGUGGUACUGCCCUGUUUGCAAGAAGCACUGUCAAGCAAGUAAAAAGUUAGAUCUCUGGAGAUUACCAGAAAUUUUGGUGAUUCAUUUGAAAAGAUUCUCAUACAGCCGGUUUCUGAAGAAUAAAUUGGAGACCUAUGUCGAUUUCCCCACCCAUGAUCUUGAUCUGUCCAAUUAUAUUGCCAAGAAGGGUGGUCAAUGUUCUCACCGCUAUAUACUUUAUGCAAUCAGUAACCAUUAUGGAAGCAUGGGAGGUGGUCAUUACACAGCAUUUGUUCAUCAUGGUGGUGAUCAGUGGUAUGACUUCGACGACAGCCAUGUGUCCCCAGUGAGUGAGGACAAGAUCAAAACUUCAGCUGCUUAUGUUUUAUUUUACAGAAGAGUUGAAGAUGCCUAACUUGAGAUGAUGACUGUAAGUGACUACUGGAGAGGGGUUGAUUAAUCUUUUACAUUGGGAAGUGAUAUGGUAGCAUUCUUUUGUCUCGAUUAGUUAUAACUUGACUCUAUUCAGAUUUCAAAAAUGAAAGUCAAUAGUAUAGGAGGAUGAUGCCUAGCAUCAUCGUAACAUAGUAAAAACUGAGGUGGAAGAGGUCCAUAUAAAGGAAAUAACCAGUUGACCGACGCCCUUUUGUAGAACUAUAGAAGCUAGCCAGUGAAAGUUUACCGUGCAACUUUUACUGCCGUUUUGAAACAAUUUGUGCAUGUUCGAUGGGAAAGUAUACUAAUCAAAUUGUCGAUUGCUGGUGCUCA